GGUGAUGGUAACGAUGAUGGUGGAGACCCUCCCCCGCUUGAGCCUCUUGCCUAAGGCGCUAUGAUAAAUCUGUUCUCAUGCUCCCUUCAUCGACCUCCUGAGAACCUAUAGUUUCUGAUUUUCCUCAACUACGGACCCGUUCGCCGACGAUACUCUCCUGCCUGUAUUAUUUCGUGGCUGGCUUGUGCAGAUGGCAUCCUCUUCUUUUAGUCCCGGGGAUUGCUCCUCGAAGCCGGAGCAACGGUUCACAGGAGAUAUCUCUCCUACACGCAGCUCCUUUAGCGAGCCAAUGCACCCUGGGGAGGAGGAAGCGCAGCCGUGCAUCUAUCGUGCUGAAGAAAUAGGGUCCUUGCCCCCGAGUUCUGAUCAUACCCAUCGAAAACUCAGACCGAGGCAUAUCCAAUUGAUUGGUAUCGGGGGAACGAUUGGAACGGCUCUCUAUGUCUCUAUUGGAAGGGGGCUGAUGCAAGGAGGGCCGGCGAGUUUGUUUAUUGCCUUCACCUUAUGGUGCGUUGUUCAUUCAUUCAUUUAUUUGCUUUGAGCGUAGUGCGCUGGGUCGCUCUCCGAAUGGGCCCUGCUUUGCUUCCCUUUGCCCCCCGAGGGGGAGCGCGCUUCCUCGCGAAAAAUUCUGCGAGAAGCUCGUUCACUGGGACCGAACCGGGUCUUUUGAAGGGGCGAGCGGUCUGGUCGGUCUCGGAAUGGAGUGCCGUUCUCACAUUUUUACGCGAUAAUUAGGUGUACGGUGAUUCUGGGCGUCACGAAUUCCUUGUCGGAAAUGGUCACCUAUUUACCGAUAUCCUCCCCGUUUAUUCGUUUUGCUGGUCGAUUCGUGGAUGACGCUUUUGGUUUCGCUGCCGGGUAUAACUUUUUCGUUUAUGAAGCGGCCCUUGUGCCGUUCGAAGUAGUCGCUUGCAAUGUUAUUAUUCACUAUUGGACCGAUGAGAUUCAUGUGGGGAUCGUUAUCGCCGUUAUUCUCGUUUGUUUUGCGUGAGUUCUCUUGCACUGUAUACAUCCGGAGGAUUUCCCCAGCGGACCCCCUUUCCGCAAUGAAGGGUUUACUAAAAACUGGACCGGAAUGGACUGCUGUUCUAUGACAGAAUCAUCAAUAUAUUCGGCGUUGCAUGGUACGGCGAAUCUGAGUUUUGGUUGGCCCUCGGAAAGGUCAUCCUUAUCCUCGGGUUAAUCGCGUUUACCUUCGUGACUAUGUUGGGUGGAAAUCCUCUGGGGGAUCGCUACGGAUUUCGGUAUUGGAGGGACCCCGGACCAUUCGCAGAGUAUAUCAAGACUGGCGAUUUAGGCCGCUUUCUCGGUUUCCUGGCAUGCCUCAUCCAAGCAUCUUUCACCAUUGCCGGGCCGGAUUAUGUAUCCAUGGCGGCGGGAGAAGCGGAAAACCCGAGAGUUGUUCUCCCGAGAGCCUUCAAUGCAGUCUUUUACCGUCUUACUUUCUUCUUCGUUAUGGGCUCUUUGGCCGUCGGAAUUGUCGUCCCAUACAAUGAUCCUGUCAUGGCUGCCGCGUUUAAGGAGGGGAAGCCAGGAGCGGCUGCUUCGCCGUAUGUAGUUGCAAUGGAUCGCCUGCAAAUCCCGGCUCUGCCUCAUAUUGUCAAUGCACUGGUUUUGACCUCGGCGUUCUCAGCGGGAAAUUCAUAUGUGUAUUGCGCUAGUAGGAGUUUGUAUGGGCUUGGUGAGUGGCUUGUAGCGCCCCAUGCCUAGCUUAUCUAAUGCCAUGGGGUAUUAGCGUUGGAAGGCAAGGCUCCCAGAAUAUUAGCACGAUGCACAAAGAGCGGCGUGCCGAUAUACUCUGUGGCCGUCGUCUUGGCUAUCGCGCUCCUGUCAUUCCUCCAAGUCUCCAACAGUGCGGCAGUGGUCCUCCAAUGGUUUGUUAACCUCGUUACAGCCUCCCAGCUAAUAAACUUCUCUGUUAUGUCCUUCACUUUCAUAAAAUUCAAGAAGGGGCUUGAGGCACAAGGCAUUUCACGCGACUCUCUACCACACAAGGGGUUUUUACAGCCCUACUGCGCUUGGUACUCUUUCGCCGCUACAACAAUCAUGUGCUUCGUUGGUGGAUACACCGUCUUUCUCCCAGGAAACUGGGACAUCCCCACCUUCUUGUUCUCAUACCUUAUGAUCAUUGUCGUUCCAGUGCUAUUUAUUGGCUGGAAAAUCAUACACAAGACAACAUGGCGGAGGCCCGAAGAUAUAGACCUACUGCGAGAUAAGGAGGAGAUAGAUCAGUAUGAUAGAGAUUACUUCCCAGUGCCGCCCCGGUAGGUCAUCUCCGACAUCUUCCCCUUCCGCCCUGCCUCGUUAUCGGGGACCGUGCACCGCGCUGAUGGUGCUAAAUAGGAAUAAAUUCAUGAAACAUUGGGAUGAGAUUUUCGGUUAGUUGAUUGGACUACCGGGUGGGGUGUUUCAGGUUGGGUUUUGGAUACGCUAUUUACCUGCAUGGGGAUUUUGUUUUUACUCGGCUGGAUUGCUCAUAGAUUGUGUAUUUGAAGUAUAGACAUGACGCCAAUUUCGUUAAGGAGGCUGUGAUCAGAGUGUUUGGGCGCCGCGAGCAAGAUUGGUUCCUCAUCCCAUAUCUAGGGGUCACCGGUGCGGUAAGGCCGAAGGCUGUAUAG